AUGUUGGGUAGGGUAAGGGCUAGUAAUUUAAAAGCAAGUACUAGUAAUUUAAUAGCGAGUGCUUCAUUUAGAAGUUUGGGCUGUAGGUUCCACUCCCAUCAAUCAAAUCACUCCAUUCACUCGGAGGAAAUCCUCCUCAUUCAGCGACCCGCUCGUUUCUCUCCAAAAAUUAUCUGGGCCUGCGUUGGUACGCUCACUUUAUACGCUGUUGUAUGCGCCGAAGCUUGUUAUAAUUUUGAGUCUUUUGAAUCGAAGAGUGAAAAUUUACAAGACACACACGACAAAGAUGAUAAAUUGGAGGAACCAGACACUCCCACACCACCUUGGAAACGCUUACUAGCUGGAACUGCUGUCUGUUUUAUCGGUUUAGGGGCAGCUAGUCUACUUCUCUUCAACUCAUCGCGUGAAGUGAUACGGUUAUCGCAUCUCCCCAAAACAGAUCAAUUAAGGCUACACACUUCACUCAAUCUUCCUAUCUCAUUUGGUAGAGGCAAGAAGUAUGCAAAGCUUGGCAAGGGUGUCCUUGUCGAUGCGCAAUCCGUGUCUCUACGUGAACCUAAGCAGUCUGGUCAGCACAGAACACUCUCAGCUGUACCUUUAUCGACAAAUCCUCCAAGACUGCCCUUCAACAUCGACAGACGCUUUCCUUGGCGCGUAAACGUCGUCCCUCCUCAGAAACAAGAGGGUUUCUAUAUGGACAACAAAGCCUUUGUGGACGUGUUCAAGAAGCAAUGGUUGAAUAUGAUCGGAAGAUAG